UGCUCAUGUGUUUGCUUCUUUCGCCAUGUCGCCGGACGAUUCUUGCCGUUUAUGUAAAGUAAACAUGAGGGAAAGUGGACCCCGUGUUUAUGCACACUCCACAGAUAUGUUUGUGUCAAAAACAACGCCGACCAUAUCAGAUAGGUUAGCGAUGAUGGACCUGAUAGUCACCCCGGAGCCGGAGCAGUCAAACAGAUGCUGCCAGCGCUGCACCUCCACACUCGGUCGGCUUGAAAAAGACUUUCCUUUAUUCAGGCAAUGGGAAGAGAACGUCCGGUUAAGCAGCGUAUCGAAAAGACAACGUGAACCCACCCCGUCCAAGACACCGAGGACUUUGAAAAAGACCUGCCCAAACCCACCGAGUCCACUAGCUUGUUCCUUCGGAAACACGACAACAAAGGUUUCUAUCAAUUAUCCAACUCAAACACUGACGAGGGAGUGCCAUCCUGAGGAAGAUCCCAUAAUUAAAUCCAUAGCUCUGAAGAGAUGGAAAGAGGCUGCCAGUCAUGCACUGAAGCAUCGUCACCUGCAAGACGAAAUCAAAGAUGAAGUCAUCAAGUUAAUAAGAAAAGAAUGCGAUGUACUGUGCUCUCGCAAGUAUGACUUCAUUCUGUGGAAGUCUAAACCGGCAGACCUCAAGUCAUUCUCCUUCAAAUGUUUAAGAGAUGACCUCCAUCGGCUUGCUCCCUUUCUACUUUCAUUUUUCAACUGUGUCACAAACAACAACGACUUAGCUAGCUGUACUGCUGCAGCCAUUGCAAUAAGAGGCAGAAAACCGCAGCUAGCAGCAUUAUCGUAUUGGAUCAACACAGUUCUCCAGUAUGGCGGAGCAAAAAAGUCUGUCUUCAAUCGCCUCUCAAAAUUGUCGAUCACCACAUCCCAUAGGAAAGCAGUUAAAAAGCAACACGAGUUGGCACUUGGCUGUGGGGCUGAUUUUGUAGAAUUUAAAAGUGGCUUGAAAGCUACAGACACUGAACUGUCAGAGGGAUCAGAAAGCCUUGAGGACUUUCAUCUCACAGGUGAGGGAGAACUGUACCCCACAUGAAACACAUUUACCUUGUCAGUUAUAUUUUGCUCCAUUACUAAUUUAUAAAUACAUGUGUUGUGCAUGGAUAGAGAGUCUGAUAGUCAUUUUAACUAUCUUGAAUGAAAUUCCAGAAUAGGUGUAUUUGUAUAUGUUUAUCAAUAUGUACAUGUGUUAAUCUAAUGUUCUUUAAUACCAAUUAUGCUUUUAAACAGAUGAAAACCUCACAACAGCCCCCAGACAUGAAGAGAGUCCUGUGACCUGCCCACCAUCAUACCAAAUAAUUAUGGACAACCUGGAUUUUUUUGUACACACUCACAGCCAGUCCAUCAACAACACCAACAAGAGUAUACACUGGAUACACCAUCUUGCAGUCAAAGACCGUGUACCUACACAUCACUUCUCUAACAUCAAACCAACAACAGACAUUCAACAGUACAAUCUGAAAUCCUCACUUCCUCAGCGGAGCACUCAGGCUUUAAUGCGCAGGGAAUUUAUUGUUCUUGCCACUAGAAUGCUGACAAAGUACAUGUCAGUAUUCGAAAGCUUUGGAGAGUCAGUGGUUAAUCACAUUCCUCAUCAGUAUUCCAGUGAAAUGUCAGCAAGAUCAACUGAUGUAAGUUGGAACAUAUUGUAUUUUUUCAACACUGCAUACAUCUCUGAUGUACUCUUUCCUCUCUAAAGUUCCCCUUAGGCCUCUUUUUUAAAAAUGAGAACCAGAGAGGUGACUUAGUGGAAGUCUUGAGAGAAAUUCAGCAAGAGCACAUGCUCAAAGACGCUGAUUGUGUGCAACACUUACUAAUUGGAGGGGACCGUCUCACAGAGGCUAACUGUCGCAAUGUGCAGUGGGGAUUUUCAGACGCAGAUACUAAGGAGGAAAGAAUGGAGGGAAUGCAUUUUAAAUUUGAGGACUGGCAUGCUAUCAGAGUUCUGUUUGAGAUCCAUCACAAGAUCUUUUUCAAAGAGUCCACCACAGACCAUGGCACACUAUUUGCGAACAUGACCAAGUUGAGUUUCUGAUGACUCAAUCAACUGUGAACAUGGCUGUUCUUUGUUCUGGGAUGGGAAAUGCAGACAUCAUGAAUUCAGCUCUGCUGUUCCCGGGGAUGUUGGUUGUGACAUUGGCAGGGUGCAGCGCUGCCAAGAGUGGACCUCAUUCAGCAUUCAAUGCUUACAGGGACUUUGUGAUCAAGGACACAACAGCCCUAUUCCUAGCAGCUGUGAUUGAGCAUCUUGGUUUUCUUCAUGUCACAGAUUGUCCUGAGUCCCUCAUACCACAGCACAUCAAGGAGGCCUCUCCAGAAGCAAGAAGAUCAUGGUUCAACAAAUUAACAGCUGAAAUUGUGGACAAAUAUGUUCUUCUUCCUGGCAUCACAGAAGCUGCAGAGUCUGCUAGAAAAGCAUCUGCAACACCGGUUCUAAAGAAUCAGUUCCCAUGUCGAAUGGAGGGUUGUUCACGCACAUUCACAUAUUACAAAAGCAGACUAACCCAUGAACAGAAAAUGCACAACCUGGUUAUUCCAACUGACACCACCCCAGCCAUCAGCUCAGAUCGCGAUCACAAGUAUGAACACACUGUUGCCAGAUUGGGUUUCAGCUUCAUUCUUUUGGACUUUAUGGAUGCAGUAAAGGAAGGAGACGGCGAAAGGCUGAUGCGUCUCUACACAGUUGCUCUGUUGUUUUACAAAGCAUAUGGACAUACAAGCUAUGCUUACAGUACGUUCAUGCUUACUGUACAACUGAAUGCCACGUUGUCUCCACAGGUUGCUCACAGUCUCAUGUGGAACAGAUUCUGGAGCACCAGGGGAGGCAAGGGACGAAACAUUCCACUAGAUUUGCAUCUGGAGCACUUAAAUGGAUUUUUGAAAUCUUUCCUGAAGGGCCUUGGGCCUAACCUAAAUGAGACUUCAGCAGCCAGAAUAAGCAGGUCCAUUGCUGUCUUCAAAGAAAUGAUGGCCGGCACCGAUUUGGAAAUGGGAAUAUCGAGGCAAACUGGUGCUCAUCAUGUGGACAUGACCAAAGACAUCCUCACCUUGGUAGACACACUGCAAGAGGCAGAGCUUUUUAAACAAAAAGCAGGUCGUGUCUAUGCUGCCUUCCCUGGUUUCCAAAGAAACCUACUGUCAAAACUGGAUCCAAAGGCACUUUGGAAGUGGAUGAUGAGCAAGCUCAGUGAAUGGCGUAGUGUCCCUUUGUAAAGCUUUUGAGACAUUUCAAUCAUUAUUGUUGGCAUUGUAAAUAGCUAUAUAUUUAAACAAGCGAUUUCUGUUUUAAAAUUAUUAACAUUUUAUUAAAACUAUUUUUUCCUUCAAA